AAAAUGAAUAAAGUACUCAUUGCCUCAAUUCUGGUGAUAGGAGUUUUGGGACAAUAAUCACCACCUUUGGAUUGCACAUUUUUAAGUUGUUUAGCUACUGGUGCUUUAAAAGUUUCAUAAUCAACUCGUCAAGCAUAUGUAUGCAUGGAUGGUAUUAUUCUAUAUUAAAUAAAAGGUUACUAUUGGGCUGGGCAAUCAUGCUAACCAUGUCAACCAAUAGAAGGAGGAUUUUAUAAGUGCUCAGAUUAUUAUUCAACAGGGUCUUUAACUUGUAGUCCAGGAUGGACUUAGCUUAAUGGGUAGAUAAUUUUAAUAUAAAUUUAGUAUAUGUGUAAAUAUGCCAAAUGGAUGUUUGAGUUAUUCACUAAACUCCUCAGGAAAUGCUUAUGUUUGUGGCCAAUGUGAUAAAGGUUUUAGUUUGAUAGCAGGAGUAUGUGUUGAGAAUUAAGCCUGUACAGUUUAUAGUAGUACUCGAUAUGUAUGUACUUAAUGUGCUGCUGGAUAUUAUUUGGAUUGGGAUUAUGUUCCUGCAAUAUCAACAUCUUCAGACUACUACUACAAUUUUUUUGAUGGUUUUUGUAGUCCAUGUGGUAUCACUGCAUGUUAAAAUUGUCCAUCAAAGUAUAUAUAAAAAUUAAGAUGUUAGAAAUACUUGUACAUAAUGUGCAGCUGGUUUCUUUUGGUCAUUCAGUGGUUUAACAUCAGGAUCAUAAACAGAUGGAUCUGGAACAUGCCAAAAAUGUGUAGACUUUUGUACAAAUUGUAAAAAUAGUUAAACAUGCAGUUAAUGUGCUGAUGGAUACUACCUGAAUACAGUGAAUGGAGUAUCAGUAAGAUAAUUAGAUAAUAAUAUUUGAUAGACUUGUCAAACAUGUUUACCAAGUACUACAUGUAUGAAAUGUUCAAAUGGUACAACAUGUUCAGUUUGUGCAAGUGGAUAUUAAUUAAUUGGUUCAACAACAUGUUAAAAAUUGCCAGAAGGAUGCACUUAAAUGGAUAAUAAUUAGAAUUGUACAGCAUGUAUCAGUACAUAUGUUUUAAAUUCUUAAACUCCAAAGACUUGCACUCCAUGUGGAACAGGUUGUGCAACAUGCACAAUAAGUAAUACAACAGUAACAUGCACAAAAUGUUAAGAAUUCUAUUAUGGAGUAAGUACUGGUGAUGGUGCAAAUAAAGUAGUUACUUGUGCAGCUUGUAAUUCAGUUCCAUAAUCAACAGGAUGGUUAAGAUGUGGAGGUCCAAAUGAUGUUCCAUCUUACACAACAGUUUAAGUUACAUAAUGUGUAGAUGGAUAUUUCUUAGUAAGUAUUACAGUAAACAACAUUACAACUCCAACAUGCAUAGCUGCUGUAUAAAUAUAAGGAUGUUUAACUUUGACAAAUACUUCUACAAAUACAAAUAAUGUUUGUGCUACAUGUGUUAGAACUUUCAGUUCAUAUACAGGUGGAACUUGUUUAUCAUGUCCACCAUAAUAUGGAGCUAGUACAUAAUUAUCUGCAUAAUGUAAUAAAUGUGGUGGUACAUCCACUACUGAUAUUUCAUGCAUUGGAUGUUCAUCUAAAUAUUUCUUAUAAGCAGCAAGUGCAGCCUCUACUGCCACUUGUGCAACAUGUUCACCAAAUGGUGGUUGUUUAGAAUGUUCUUCUAGUACUAAUUGUACCAAAUGCAAUACUGGAUUCUAUCUAUCAGGAACUACCUGCCAACCUUGUUAAACUAAUUGUGCAUAAUGCGAUAAUUCAACUGUAUUUACAUAUCUAAUUUCUAGUUUUGCAAAACCUGUAUGGAUGGUUACUUCCCUUACUCAGGUACUAAAACCGCUUAAGCUGUUUGUGUUGCUUGUUAAUUUGGUUGUGCUACUUGCACCUCUCCAGGAUAAGUCUGCUUAACUUGUAUUGAUGGAUAUGUAUUCCAAUCUGGAGGUUGUGUACCUCUUAAUAACGCUAAUUGUGCUCUUAAAUUAAAUUCUACAAUCACCAAUGAUAAACCAAUUUCCUCUUCAGGAUGCUCUAUUUGCAAAUAUGGAUUCCAUAUGCUCCAAAAUCGUUGCUUCUAAUCCGUCUAACCUUAUGCUGGGGUAUUCAUUUACUUUUUAUUCUUUUUAGUAUGCCUAUGGAUAAACAACUAAUGUAACUACUGAUUUGAACUACUAAAAUGACACUAAAGUUUAUGCUCAUUUAUUAAUGGCUAGUUUUAUCAUGUUAGUUUUCACAUUAUGAUCAAUUAUAAUAUAUCAUAAUCAUCAAUAUUUAA